UGUCGUGGGUCCUUCCCUCGCUUUUGAUUAUGUCACCGAUUUUAUUAAUUUAAUCCACAGUUUUAUGAGCGAAAAUGCAAAAAUGUUAAAUCUCCAUCAUAAUGAAGGGAUCCCAAAUCUCCACCCAUCUGAUUAUUACAUAAGACAACAACUUCAAAAAUUUGUUGGAAAUGUAAAAUUUCAAAUAUUUUGUAACGGAAAUGAAAAUCAAUUUGAGCAACUGAGUUCUGCUUUUGAGGGAGUCCGAGAUAGAUAUGGAACUAUGAUUAACUCAGUAAAAGAAACUGUGAUUAAAUCAAAUAAUUUAAGUAAUCAAGCUAUUAAAUAUUACAACGACUUUCGAAAAUACAUUCAAAUUGCUACUAACUCCGAACAAGCAAAACUAACAUUGAAGGAACUAAUAUUAUCAAAAUAUAGCAAAGCUAAGGAAUUGCAACGAGAUGUUCUAAUUUAUGUAAAUCCAAAUGAUUCUAGAAUAAUUGAAUAUGAUCAAUUGGAACCCUAUUUCGAAUUAUACUGUUUUGUUAAAUUUAUCAAAAAUGUAGGAGAAGAAUUUUUUACAAAUGCGAUGGAGACUAUAAAUGAGGUAUAA